AUGGCGACCUGCAUCGGAGAAAAGAUCGAGGAUUUUAGAGUUGGAAAUCUGCUUGGUAAAGGAUCAUUUGCUGGUGUUUAUAGAGCUGAGUCCAUUCACACUGGUUUGGAAGUUGCAAUCAAAAUGAUAGAUAAGAAAGCCAUGUACAAAGCUGGAAUGGUACAGAGAGUCCAAAAUGAGGUGAAAAUACAUUGCCAAUUGAAACAUCCUUCUAUCUUGGAGCUGUAUAACUAUUUUGAAGAUAACAAUUAUGUGUACCUAGUAUUAGAAAUGUGCCAUAAUGGAGAAAUGAACAGGUAUUUAAAAAAUAGAAGAAAACCAUUCUCAGAAAAUGAAGCUCGACACUUCAUGCACCAAAUCAUCACAGGAAUGUUAUAUCUCCAUUCGCAUGGUAUAUUACACCGGGACCUCACACUUUCUAACCUCUUACUUACACGUAAUAUGAACAUCAAGAUUGCUGAUUUUGGGCUGGCAACUCAGUUGAAAAUGCCUCAUGAAAAGCACUAUACGUUAUGUGGAACUCCUAAUUACAUUUCUCCAGAAAUUGCAACUCGAAGUGCACAUGGACUUGAAUCUGAUAUUUGGUCCUUGGGCUGUAUGUUUUAUACGUUACUUAUUGGGAGGCCACCUUUUGACACUGACACGGUCAAGAACACAUUAAAUAAAGUAGUAUUGGCAGAUUAUGAAAUGCCAACUUUUUUGUCAAGAGAAGCCAAGGACCUCAUUCACCAGUUACUUCGUAGAAAUCCAGCAGAUCGUUUAAGUCUGUCUUCAGUAUUAGAUCAUCCUUUUAUGUCCCGAAACUCUUCAAAAAAAAGUAAGGAUUUAGGAACUGUAGAAGACUCGAUUGAUAGUGGACAUGCCACAAUUUCUACAGCAAUUACAGCUUCUUCCAGUACCAGUAUAAGUGGUAGUUUAUUUGACAGAAGACGACUUUUGAUUGAACAGCCACUCCCAAAUAAAAUGACUAUAUUUCCAAAGAGUAAAAAUCCAAGUGAUUUUUCUUCUUCAGGAGAUGGAAGCAGCUUUUAUACUUCAUGGGGCAAUCAAGAACAAGAAACCAGUAAUAGUGGAAGGGGAAGAGUAAUCCAAGAGGCAGAAGAAAGGCCGCAUUCUCGAUACCUUCGUAGAGCCCAUUCCUCUGAUAGAUCUGAGACUUCUCAUGGUCAGUCUCGAGUGAAAACAUAUACAAUGGAACGAUGUUACUCAGCAGAAAUGCUUUCAAAAUCCAAACGAUCAGGAGUGGAGGAACAUGAAAGAUACUCACCCACAAACAACGAAGCUAAUAUUUUUCACUUCUUUAAGGAAAAGACAUCCAAUAGUUCUGGAUCUUUUGAAGGACCUGAUAACAAUCAAGCACUCUCCAAUCAUCUUUGUCCAGGAAAAGCUCCCUUUCCAUUUCCUGACCAGACACCUCAGACUGAAACGGUGCAACAAUGGUUUGGGAAUCUGCAAAUAAAUGCUCAUUUAAGAGAAACUACUGAGCACAACAGUAUUAGCCCAAACAGAGAUUUCCAGGGCCGCCCAGAUUUGCAGGACACAUCAGGAAACGCCUAGACUGAUACAAGAGCCAAAAGGAGCCCCAAUGCUUCUGAUAAUGCACGUUCUGUAAAACAUUUGAAUACCAUGAAAUAUAUGACUGCAUAUCACACUAAACCUGAAAUAAUUCAACAAGAAUCUAUUUUUGGCUUAGAUCCUUCUUCUGAACAAAGCAAGGCUAGGGGUGUGGAGCCACCGUUGGUCUAUCAGAAGCGUACAUUACGAAGCAUUACAUCUCCUUUGACUGCUUAUAGGUUAAAACCAAUCCGACAGAAAACCAAAAAGGCCGUGGUGAGCAUACUUGAUUCAGAGGAGGUAUGUGUGGAGCUUUUGAAGGAUUAUGCAUCUCAAGAAUAUGUGAAAGAAGUUCUUCAGAUAUCUAGUGAUGGGAGUAUGAUCACUAUUUAUUAUCCAAAUGAUGGAAGAGGUUUUCCUCUUGCUGAUAGACCACCCUCACCUACUGAUAAUAUCAGUAGGUAUAAUUUUGAUAAUUUACCAGAAAAGUACUGGCGAAAAUAUCAAUAUGCUUCCAGAUUUGUACAGCUUGUAAGAUCUAAAUCUCCCAAAAUUACUUAUUUUACAAGAUAUGCUAAAUGUGUUUUGAUGGAGAAUUCCCCUGGUGCUGAUUUUGAGGUUUGGUUUUACGAUGGAGCAAAGAUACACAAAACAGAAGAUUUAAUUCAGGUGAUCGAAAAGACUGGCAGAUCUUACACCUUAAAAGGUGAAAGUGAAGUUAAUAGCUUAAGAGAGGAGGUAAAAAUGUAUAUGAACCAUGCUAAUGAGGGCCACCGUAUUUGUUUAGCACUGGAAUCCAUAAUUUCAGAAGAGGAAAAGAAAAGUGGAAGUGCUCCUUUUUUCCCCAUAAUCGUAGGAAGAAGACCUAGUUCUAGUUCACCUAAGGCCUUAACACCUCCUCCUCCUGUGGAUCCAAACUACCCAAUGCGAGAGCCACCAUCUCUGAACAGAAUGGUCAUAAAUAGUACUGCUUCUCCAAAACAGGCACCAGUACUUAAUCCUCCUGUGGUUACAAAUGAAGGACUUGGCCUUACCGGUGCAGCUUCUGAAACAAACAGCUCUCCUAGAAGUCUUAAAGAUUGUCUCCCUAAAUCAGCACAACUUUUGAAGUCUGUUUUUGUGAAAAAUGUUGGUUGGGCUACACAGUUAACUAGUGGAGCUGUGUGGGUUCAGUUUAAUGAUGGGUCCCAGUUGGUCGUGCAGGCAGGAGUGUCUUCUAUUAGUUAUACAUCACCAGAUGGUCAAACAACUAGGUAUGGAGAAAAUGAAAAAUUACCAGAAUACAUCAAACAGAAAUUACAGUGUCUUUCUUCCAUCCUUUUGAUGUUUUCUAAUCCAACUCUUAGUUUUCAUUGA